CUAUAAAGACCACAAUGGAACACUUUCUCCAGACAAACAAAGAUGUUAUUCAACUUUGGUGCUACCUUGAUCUUCGCUGCUAGUGUCUCCUCGGCUGCUAUUCAACAAGCAAAUGGGGCUCCCAAUAUCUUAAUGAAAAGGGCGAACAAGCAGUGUAUUCCGAAGCCAGCCAGUCUGGUGCCAAUUUCCUCCACCGUUACCAUCACGCAUGUUUCGUCUACCACCUCCACUGCCACUCUGAGUUUGGGCACUGAUGAGACCCAAGGCUCAUCGGAAUUAGCCUCUUCGUCCUCGUCCUUUGAGACGAUAAUUUCCACCGUAUCAUCGGCGUCUCCAGCUGUCUCCAACACUAUUGUCAGCACAAGUGCUUCAAACGAAGCAUCAACUAGUUCUGAGCCUGACUCGUCCCUGGUGGCUCCUUCCUCGGUUGAACUACCCUCAAUUUCGGAGACUGUUCCAAACCCUACUACCUCGAUAGCCAGUACACCCACAGCUAGUGAAACCUCAUUAACUCCACCAAUUGAACCAUCGAGCACACCAGAUGUUGAUGCUUCUUCGAAUCAGACACCUACCUCAACCACAAUAGCCACUACCCACUCACCAAGUGAGUUGACUUCUUCUACUUCUGCUGGUCUCUCAUCCCCCUCAACCUCCAUCUCUAUCUCGAGCUCUGUCACAUCGUUUUACCCCACGUCUGAUAGAACCAGUUUCCAGGAAACAACUUCUGAUUCUGCAACUGAUACCAACCAGAGCUCAACUGAGAGCUCUACUCCAAUUCCAUCUCCAGAAGUUUCUUCUUUAGAGAGCUCAACGCCAGUUUCAAGCCCAAUUACUUCAAGCUCGGAAAUACCAACUCCACAAAGUUCGUCCCCAGUUUCUACUCUGGCUUCCUCAACUUCGGAGAGCUCAACUCCAGUUUCAAGCCCAAUUUUAACUCCUACUACUAUAAGCUCGCAAAGGGCCGCUUCUAGCUCUUCUUCGAUUUUGGAUACCUCAAUCACUUUGAGCUCUUCCCAACCCACCACUUCGUCCUUACUCUCGACUUCUUCACUUCCUCCACCUUCUCCAAUCUCUCUUCCUUCCCUUUCUCUGAGCUCCUCAAGUUCUGCUGUUUCUUCUGCAACUUCUGACCCAUCAGCAACUCUUCCACAAUUACCCCCGACUAGCAGCUCCUUCAUUCCUUCGACCCUCACCUCCGUUUCAACCACUCGUUGUGAAGAAUGUCAAUCGUCUAUUACAGUAUCCAGUGCUAUUUCCAGUGUUCCAACAUCUUCAGACGAAUGUGAGGAACCCUCUCCACUGGCUCCAACUACCGUCAUUUCCAUAAUUUCUAGCACUUCUGAAGAUCGUGAAGAGCCAACCAGUUUGCCAUCUCUGAGAUUGACCAACACUGGUCCUACCAGUACCCAAAUCACACCUAGUCUGACUGCAGUGGCCCCUUCGCCCACACCAUCAACUUCUAGUAGAAUUACCCGAAGACCAGGUAAUCCCAUCACGAACACAUCCACCUUCCUGAUAGGAACAAUCACGAUCAUCUGAUUGUUCUCCCUUGCUUCUGAGCCAACUUAUUGACUGGACUAGUUCAUGCUAGACUAAUAGACCAUUCUUU